UUAAAUACAAGAACGAAACGGACCGUUCGUGGAACCCCACGAGACCUCCGAGAAAGAACGAACCAUGUUCGUGUUUUUUCGGAAGUACAGUGAAAUGCGCCCCGUGCUGCUGCAGCUCAACGCCAGUUGUACCAUCCCACAGGCACCCUAGACAUCACAUUUCAGGCUAUUUUCUCUGAUUCUUCACUCGUCGGAUACUAUCUGUGGACUGCAAAUGCAAGCCAUCAAGUGUGUUGUUGUCGGCGACGGUGCCGUGGGUAAGACAUGUCUGCUCAUCAGCUACACCACUAAUGCCUUCCCAGGAGAGUAUAUACCCACAGUAUUUGACAACUACUCUGCUAAUGUUAUGGUGGAUGGCAAACCUGUCAACUUGGGACUGUGGGAUACAGCAGGACAGGAGGACUAUGAUCGCCUUAGACCACUCUCCUACCCUCAAACGGAUGUAUUUUUAAUUUGCUUCUCACUGGUGAGCCCUGCUUCAUUUGAGAAUGUUAGAGCAAAGUGGUACCCUGAAGUUCGCCAUCACUGUCCCAACACCCCCAUCAUACUUGUGGGCACCAAACUUGAUCUGAGGGAUGACAAAGACACAAUUGAACGUCUUCGAGAUAAGAAACUGGCACCCAUCACUUAUCCACAAGGUCUUGCGAUGGCUAGAGAGAUUGGUGCUGUUAAAUAUCUGGAGUGCUCCGCCCUUACUCAGAGGGGUUUAAAAACCGUGUUUGAUGAGGCCAUCCGUGCUGUUUUGUGCCCUCCACCUGUAAAGAAAAGGGGCAAAAAGUGCACUGUAUUUUGAGGAACGCAUUUCUUAAUUGAUAUAAAAACCAUUACUGUAUCUUAAUUGAUAUGCCAAAUUUGCUUUUUUCGCCUUAAAUGAUCGGAUUAACAAGCAAAUGUUUGGAAAAGGACAUAAGGAAAUGAUGUGUUUCAGGAUGUACAAUUACUUAUUAAAGACAGUAUAGCUAACACAUGCAUUUAGUUUUUACUCAACUCUUUUGAACAAUAUAAUACAGUUUGCCAAGUUGCAGCAAGUUUGACAAUUUUCAGAGCUUUAAGUAUGGACAUUGUGAAAAUAUUCAUAUCCUAUCUGCAGGUAUGUUUCCCUUUUGGGAAAAUUUGUGAAUGUGUCAAAAGACUGUGUAAAUACAUGUUGUGUAUAGCUUUGGUGAGGUUUUUUUUGUGAGGCCACAGUCAGCACUCUCACUUGAGGGGUGACAGUAAACAACAUUUUAAGUAUUUUACAUUUAGCUUUUAUACUUUUAGCUUUUAUUACAUACUGUACUUAUGUUUUAAUGUCACUGUAUUAUAUGUGAUUGUUUCAUGUGACCCUUUCUGUGAAAUUCAAGCUGAAGUCUCGUAAUCAAAUUAUGAGAUUGGGAGCAUCAAAGUUUGAUUUCAUUCAUUCGUUUCAAUUCAAUUUCAUGACCUUGCUCAGUUUAUAUUUAUAAUCAAGGUUAUAUUUUCACAGAAUGUUUUUAUGCAGUAUGGUUUCAUGUAGAAAACAGUUAAUCACAAAAAUUACUUUAGCUGGGUUUUCAUAGACAUAGUCACAUGAACAAAAGAUGCAGUUGCUUAAUGAUACCAUAACUGUAAUCACAUUUGUUUAUAUUGUGUAAUUGAGUGCAUACUUCCACCUCCAUUAAAUGAAAAUAAAUUUGUGUAAACUGUGUAUACCUUGCUUAAAA